AAAGAGACCUCCAUUAAAGGGACUCUCGGUCACCAGGGCGUGGGGCUAGGGGUACGGAGAAACGGCUGCUCCCUACAUGCUUGGUGCCUACCAGCAGAGUUGCCUCUUUAAGGCUUGGGUAGGAGGCUGGGUCUGAACUUGCGUUUGGUGGGAGGACGAGCUUCUUGGUGACGUAAGACCUGAGGAGGGGCGUGCCUUCUGAGUGACUCGUCGCCUGGAAGGGGGCGGGCUCUUAAUGACGAAACUCCGGGGAGGAGACAGGCGUUCAUUGAUAAAAACGCCGGGCUCCCUCGGGCGCGAGCGCAGCGUAGCAAAUCCAGGCAGUGCCACGCGCGGCCCGGGCCUGGCGGAACAGAAACAAGCCGGGCCCGCGCUGCGACUCACCGCCUGCAUGGAGCCCGCCGCCGGCUUCCUAUCCCCGCGUCCCUUCCCGCGUGCUGCCGCCCCGCCCGCGCCCCCUGCCGGGCCCGGGCCGCCUGAGAAUGCCUCGCCGGGACCUGAUCUGGAGAUGCUGGCCGGACCACCGGCGCCGGACUCAGGGCGCCUCAUCACCGACCCGCGCAGCGGCCGCACCUACUUCAAAGGCCGCCUGUUGGGCAAGGGGGGCUUUGCCCGCUGCUACGAGGCCACUGACACGGAGACCGGCAACGCCUACGCUGUCAAAGUCAUCUCACAGAGCCGCAUCACCAAGCCGCAUCAACGCGAGAAGAUCCUAAACGAGAUUGAGCUGCACCGCGGCCUGCAGCACCGCCACAUCGUGCGUUUUUCACACCACUUUGAGGAUGCUGACAACAUAUACAUUUUCCUGGAGCUCUGCAGCCGAAAGUCCCUGGCCCACAUCUGGAAGGCCCGGCACACCCUGUUGGAGCCAGAGGUGCGCUACUACCUGCGCCAGAUCCUUUCCGGACUCAAGUACUUGCACCAGCGGGGCAUCCUGCAUCGAGACCUCAAGCUGGGUGAGAAUCCUGGGCCAGCAGGAUUGGGGUUUGAGGACGCAGAGAGAAAGGAGUCUGACACACCUCUUUCCCCCUGUUCAGGAAAUUUUUUUAUCACUGAGAACAUGGAACUGAAGAUGGGGGACUUUGGGCUGGCAACCCGGUUGGAACCCCCGGAACAUAGGAAGAAAACCAUCUGUGGCACCCCCAAUUAUGUGGCUCCAGAAGUGCUGCAAAAACAGGGCCAUGGCCCCGAGGCAGACGUGUGGUCCCUGGGCUGUGUCAUGUACACACUGCUGUGUGGGAGUCCCCCCUUUGAGACAGUUGACUUGAAGGAGACCUAUCGCUGCAUCAAACAGGUUCACUACACACUGCCUGCCAGCCUCUCGCUGCCUGCCCGGCAGCUCCUGUCUGCCAUCCUUCGAGCCUCGCCCCAAGACCGCCCCUCAAUUGACCAGAUCCUGCGCCAUGACUUCUUUACCAAGGGCUACACCCCCGACCGGCUCCCUGUCAGCAGCUGUGUGACAGUCCCAGACCUGAUACCCCUUAACCCAGCUAGGAUUCUGUUUGUCAAAGUUACCAAGAGCCUCUUUGGCAGGAAGAAGAAGAGUAAGAACCAUCCUGAGGAGCGGGACGAGGUCUCCUGUUUGGUGAAUGGCCUCACUCGGACGUCCAUUGGCCAUCAAGAUGCCAGGCCUGAGGCUCCAGCAGCUUCUGGUCCAGCACCCCUCAGCUUGGUAGAGACGGCACCUGAGGACAGCUCACCCCGUGGGACACUGGCAAGCAGUGGAGAUGGGUUUGAAGAAGGUCUGACUGUGGCCACAGUGGUGGAGUCAGCCCUCUGUGCUCUGAGAAACUGCCUGGCCUUCAUGCCCCCAGCGGAACAGAACCCAGCUCCCCUUGCACAGCCAGAGCCUCUGGUAUGGGUCAGCAAGUGGGUUGACUACUCCAACAAAUUUGGCUUUGGGUAUCAACUGUCCAGCCGCCAUGUGGCUGUGCUUUUCAACAAUGGCACACAUAUGGCCCUUUCAGCCAACAGAAAGACUGUGCACUACAACCCUACCAGCACAAAACACUUCUCUUUCUCUGUGGGUGCUGUGCCUCGGGCCCUGCAGCCUCAGCUUGGUGUCCUACGAUAUUUUGCCUCCUACAUGGAGCAGCGUCUCAUGAAGGGUGGUGAUCUGCCCAGUGUGGAAGAGGUGGAGAUGCCUGUCCCCCCACUCUUGCUGCAGUGGGUCAAGACUGAUCAGGCCCUACUCAUGCUGUUUAGUGAUGGUACUGUCCAGGUGAACUUCUAUGGCGACCACACCAAACUGAUCCUCAGUGGCUGGGAGCCCCUGCUUGUGACUUUUGUGGCCCGCAAUCGCAGUGCUUGCACUUACCUCGCUUCCCACCUUCGGCAGCUGGGCUGUUCUCCGGACCUGCGGCAGCGGCUCCGCUAUGCUCUGCGUCUGCUCCGGGACCGCUGCCCAGCCUAGGCCCCAACCUGCAGAGCAGGCCUUGACCUAAGGCCUCAGGGCUGAGGCCUG